UGAAAACUGUCAGUUAUUUAGGAACAGAAAAAGAGUUGACAAUAAUUUGGUUGUAGGGUAUUCUUCUUAACCAAUUUUAUCCUAACUUUGUAUUUUUUAGUAUAAUUUAUAGUCUUUGCCAAGUUAUGGAUAGAUCAGAUUUUCUUCAAGUGGGUUCCAGUAUAAACAUAAAGAGGACUGAUGGUCGGGUUCAUUCUGCCAUUGUUGCUGCAAUCAAUAAUGACUUACGGUGUGCUACUGUGGAAUGGUUCGAACAAGGGGAAACUAAAGGAAAAGAAAUUGAUAUGGCUGCUAUUGAAUCUCUCAAUCCUGAUAUAUUGAUCAUGAAACCAGGAGAGAAAUACUUAAUGCAAGAUAAGACAUUAACCCAACAAACAGAAUUCAACAAAUUACAGCGGGAUUCGUCAAGUUCCUCAGAAGAAGAAAGCAGCACUCACUUGGUUCGGCAUUCCACUCACUGCGAUAAGAAAGUUGACGAAAGCGAUGAUGAUUUCAAUAGUAAUCAGUUUUCAGCGGAAUCAACCACUCUAUCGAAUCCCACUAGACAGUCGAUACCAAGUCUGAAACAUUCAAACAAUGGAAUAACGAGAUCCGCUAAUCAGUCUCGACUAAUACAAAUCCCAACUGAUGGACACACAAUAUCUUCAAGUGAAUCGAUUAUUUCAAAAGAAACAAGUAGACUGACUACUACGGCAACAGUGAUCCAGAACUCAAGGAGAAGUAAUGUAGUGAAAGAAGUUGAGAAAUUGAAGAAAAAUAGAGAAGAACGACGACAAAGACAGGCAGAAGAGAAAGCAGAGAAAGAAGCAUUUUUACAAAUGGCUCCUGGAAAUCCACACUGGGAACUUCUGAAUAUGAUACUGGAAUAUCGACGUGGAUUAGAUAUCAAACCUCUGACAGAAAAUGAUGCCAUAGAAGAUCAUCUAAUCACAGUAUGUGUUAGAAAGAGGCCAUUGAACAAAAAAGAAAUAUCCAGGAAAGAAGUCGAUGUGAUUACAAUACCAAGUAAAAAUCAGUUGAUAGUACAUGAACCAAAAAAUAAAGUUGAUUUAACAAAAUAUCUUGAAAACCAACUUUUUCGAUUCGAUUAUGCUUUCGAUGAAACAUGCUCAAAUGAAAUGGUAUACAGGUACACUGCACAACCAUUAAUAAAAACCAUCUUUGAAGGAGGUUUUGCAACUUGUUUUGCUUAUGGCCAGACGGGAUCUGGCAAAACACACACAAUGGGCGGAGAUUUUCAAGGUAAAACUCAAGAUUGUCAGAAGGGCAUUUAUGCAAUGGCUGCUGCAGAUGUAUUUCGACUUACUAAUUCUGCAAAAUAUCGUAAUAUGAACUUGGUGGUCUCGUCAAGUUUCUUUGAAAUUUAUUCCGGAAAAGUUUUCGAUUUGUUGAAUAAUAAGGCUAAACUUAGGAUACUUGAAGAUGGUAAACAACAAGUUCAAGUGGUUGGUCUUACAGAGAGGGUGGUUAGUAAUACCGACGAAGUUCUGAAAUUAAUUCAAAAAGGUAAUCAGGCUCGCACAUCAGGACAAACUUUUGCAAAUUCAAAUUCAUCACGAUCCCAUGCUGUAUUCCAAAUUUAUUUGAGAUCUGACAAUAAUAUGUCAAAAAUCCACGGCAAAUUUUCACUCAUCGACCUGGCGGGAAAUGAAAGGGGAGCAGAUACUUCUUCAGCAAACAGACAGACUAGAAUGGAAGGUGCUGAAAUUAAUAAAUCUCUUCUUGCUCUGAAGGAAUGCAUUAGAGCUUUGGGUCGUAAAGGUGCACACUUGCCGUUCAGAGUUAGUAAAUUAACACAAGUACUUCGAGAUUCAUUUGUGGGAUCUUGUUCAAGGACCUGUAUGAUUGCAAUGAUUUCGCCAGGUGUUAGCUCAUGUGAGCACAGUUUGAAUACAUUGCGCUAUGCUGAUCGUGUCAAAGAAUUGGGAGGAGGAGAUUUACAAACCAAUACUGGAUCUGAUUAUGAACAAGAUGAUGAUGGAGAUCUGCUUCAAUUGAGAUCAUUAAAUGAGAAUGACAUGACCCCUGAAAUGCUCAACCUACACCAGUUCAUUUCUGAGUUAGAAGUGGCAGAAGAGAAUAUGCUUGACAACCAUAAACAAACUAUAGAAGAGAUGCAAGGUGCUCACCAAAAAGCAGUUGAAUUGUUGCGAAUGGCUGAAACUGUGGCAUAUGACCAAGAAGCAUACUGUAGAAGUUGGGAAGAAUUGAUAGAUAAUUCAUUAUCAUUCUUAGUACAUGCUAAGGAAAUCGUCGAAGAUUAUAAAGCAAAAUUGGCAGCUGAAGAACAACUCAGUCGAAAAACUACGAAACGCAAGUAACUGAUAAUGCAGAUGAAAGUGAUUGUUAUUGUGGAAUAUUGUUUAUGUGACUUUUUUGGUAGACCAACUUCCUACUCGUUUUGAUAACUGUUACCUAAAACCAAUCAAGAUAAAUAAUCAAAU